AUUUAAAACAGUCAAAUUCAUAAUGAAUGAUAAGAACUUUGACCUUGACAAUUAUCUUAAGAAUCACCUGGAGUAUGAUGAAGACGAUAAGGAUCACAAACUAGAAGCUUCCAAACUUGAGAAUGAGAUAGAGCAUUACAGAGAACUUAUGUCCAUGCAAGGCUUUUCUAAAGUAGGAAAUAUUUUACCCGGAUGAACACUUGACGACACGAGAGCGACGCUAAAAGCUCUUAAAGAGGUCUGUGCAAAGAGAAAGGAAGAUAUCGAAUUCAAAGGUAGUAUUAGGUCUACUAUAAAUGACCUCAACCACAAGAUUCAAACCAUGCAUGAAGAGAAUGAAAGACUUCUUAGUAGAAAUGAGGCACUCACGAGUAGAAAUAAGCAACUUACUAAUCAAUUGCAACAAGCCAAUGAUAAUAGAAAGCAAGAAUCUAGAGAAUAUGGAGACCAAGUAGAAUCUCUUCGCAAAGCGAAUUUAAAGCUUAGUCAUCAAGUUACCCAACAGCAACAUGACAUUAAGAAAAUAGAGCAGCAAAACAAUAAGUUAAAGGAUAGAAUAAAACAGAAGAUCUUUGAUAAGGACAUGAAUGUCAAAAAUACUAUUGAUAUGACCAAACCAAUCUAUAUGAACGGACCUUUAGUCUAUGUCAACAAAUCAGGAGAAAAUGAGUUCACGUACCUCGUCACCAAAGCGAACCAAGAAGUGCAGAGCAGCUUAAAGACAGAGAACGAAGAUCUCAGGGACUGAAUCAAGAUGCUUCAGGAUGAACUGCUUGAGAUUAUUAAAGUAAAGACUGAAAACUACCAAAAGAGGUUUAACACUGAAUUCAAACAGAACUUAGAGGAGGAGUUUGCGAGACAUGACAUUGAGCCUGUCAACAAAGACCUCGUCAACAUGCCUUAUGAGGAGAGUGGAAAGAAAAUUAUACUUCAGUUCCAAGAAAAUAUCAGGAAGUUAAGAGAUUUCUUAGGAACAAUGGACAGAGACAUGGCGGCCAGAUUUGCUGAAGAGGACAACUAUGAUGAAGAUGACACCACACUCGGUCGUGAAUUUGCUAACAUUAGAUCCGUAUCACAACUAAAGCAUUUACUAGCAAACUACAAAGACCUAGUGGAAGCCCAAGAAGUUGUGAUCCAAGGAGACGUAGCCCUCAGAUCAGGCCACCCUCUCCCAGACGAAAUAGUAACCCCCGAGUCCAGGUUCAGAAUAAUCUCAGACAGAGAGAUCGAAAGGAUGAGAGAACGACUUGAAAAGCAGAAAGUGCUACUAGACAAAGAGCAAAAUGAGAUAGACGUGAAGAAGAGCAUUAUCGAACAGAAGUCUACUAUUUAUUAA